GGCCGUGGCCGGCGCCGGAUCACGUGUGCUCCGGUACCGGCCGGCCGGUCGUGCCCGACCAUCGCAAAUAAAUGACGCCCGCCUCCCGGGCGGCACGGCAGUGCAGGGGUGACGACCGUGACGAUCGUACCAGACUUUCCGCCAUGAGGCUGCUCAUCGUGUUCGCGCUGCUGGCCGGCGCAUACGGCCAGGAAUUCACCUGUCCGGAAGCGUUCGGCGACUACGCAGACUUUGAGUACUGUGAUUACUUCUGGCGUUGCACCCGCGACGUGGCGGAGCUGAAGCAGUGUGAGGAUGGCCACGCCUUCAACCCCAGACUGCGCGGCACCAUCUACCCCUGCGACUACUCCUUCUCCACGAACUGCACCGGCCGCACGCUGCUCCAGGACCCGCGGCCGGGGCCGGACCCGCAGUGUGAGCGCCAGCACGGUAUCUUCGCCGACCCGCAGCUGUGCGACACCUACUACGUGUGCAAGAACGGCGUGGCCACGCGCACCCAGUGCGCGCCGGGCCUGCACGUGGCGCUGGACUCGCGCGAGUGCGUCUGGCCUGAGGCGGCCAACCGAGGCGCGUGCGACGCGCGUGAGAGGCUCGGCGACUUCUCCUGCCCUCCGGACGCCGCGAACGCGUUGGACGUGCACGGCAACCGCGAGAGCAACCCCACGUACGCCCAUGAUGACUGCCGCUACUUCUACGUGUGUCUCAACGGUGUGAAGCCUUCCUUGGGCGGCUGUCCCGAAGGCACCGUUUUCAACGAUGUGUCCGGGAAGUGCGACGACCCUAUCAACGUUGCGGGAUGUGAGAAUUACUACGAGGACAAUGUCGUUUAAGCGGCGGCUUUGUCGGCCUGCCGGGGCUGGUCGUCUGUUUCUGCGAGACGCGAGGCAUGCUGCCAGUGACCCGCAUUGCCGGAAGUUGCCAACGAGUCGCUCCCUCCAUCCGACUCAUCGUCAUCGUGGAACCUGUUACUUCAUUGUACAAAGCGAAAAUCGCCAAGCAUGUAAACCAUUGACCUUGACAUGAAUACACUAUGGAGAAAGUU